AUGGGCAGCGUGGCUGGGCAGGGUGCGCGGGAGGUUGUGAACGGCGAGGGGGGUCCUGCAACCGCACGAACUGGUGGCCCCUGGACGGGGUUUCGCGGGUUGGCCGUCGAGCUUUUGGGGGGAUCUUCGUCGGCCGGGCAGGUUGUGGUUGGGGGUCAGAUGCAACCAGAGCAGUCCUUGUUCGGUAUUGCGGUCAUGGAUCAGCGGGCAGGUGUGUUGGGUGACUCUCGAUCCACUCCAGCGGACGCGGACUUGGAUAUGCCAUCAUUGCAAGACGCAGUUGGAGACGGCAAUGACGACAUCUCGCCCUCUGCAUCGAGAGGUCUGUAUACUCUGAUCAACGCAGUGCCCCACGAUCGCAGCUUGGAGGCAUCAAGAAAAGAGAUGAGCAUCCCUGAGACGAAGAAUCCCGAGAGACAUCAAGCGCAAGACUCGCAGGACGAACUAGUUCCCCAGGAGAGUACAAACUGGAUACACGAGACUUACACGUCAUCUGAACGUCCCCCAAGUGGUUGUUCUGAGUCAACGUUCGCCAAACCAAAGAAAGCAUCUCGUGCGCGACCGGCGGAGAGAGCACAUGUUCCGCCGUCUGGAACUGAUGCGUGGAAGACUGUUGGGUCUUCGAACGUGUCGCGGCCGGGCAGUGCGCACAGUCAGGUGUCUCUGCCCUCGACGAUCUCCGAGUCUGGAAAACAGCAAGCCGAGACAGAGUCCGAGGUUGAGAUAGACAAUACUACAAAUGAGAUCAUGCCGUCACCCAGCGCAGAAACCAGCCCUGUCCCUGUUCACCCUGCCGAAAACAGUGCAGACUUGGAGUCUCGGGAGCCUGUCGAAGCGUAUCUGGAUCCAGACAGGCCUGCUGUGUAUCAGAAUCCGUGCUGUCAUGACAGGCGCGAGUGCGCUGGGAAGAAAUACAUUGAUCUGUGCGAACAACUGCGCGAGCUCAAAGAAGACGUCGAAUAUCUUUGCAGGGCGUGGUUACAGGCAUGUCGAGCUGCAUCCAUCUCGUCGAGCGCCACGGCCCGUUUCCAGUCUCUUGUCGCGGACUCCGAGAUUGACACGGAUACCAGAGUUGCUAUGCGCGAGGAACUUGCGGGCAAUGAACUCUUGCGGCGGAUUAGUGGCUUGAGGCAGGAUACGGGGACGUUACAGACCGGGCGUGACUGCGAAGACCAUGUACUCACAAGAUAUCGAGGGGUAUUGGCAGUGGAUCGCGGUACCCCAGAUGCCGACACGAGUUCACACCACGACUCUCUCGACUGGCGAGACUUGCACCAACAAGAACGACGGCACUUGGAGGCGCUCGAUCUACAGCACGACAGUCUCAGAGCCGCAGCUGUGCACACACACCGAACACAGCUGCAGCGCCGACCCCUCGACCACCUAGCAACACUCCCCACACUCCAACACCGCCGACGAUCCACGCACCACGCCAUCACGAGCAACGGCCCCGCGCCUCCCUCCCCGCCCCUCCCACCCCCCACCACAGACCCCCAGCACCCCCACCCAACCCACGCCCUCCUCCUCCACACCACCCGCCUCGAACGCGCCAACGCCGCCCUAACCACCACCCUCUCCCGCCUCCGCACCACCACAUCCCGCGAAAUCCGCGUCCUGAUCCUCACCACCCGCGCCGCGCAAAACGAAGCGCGCAGCCUGCGCACCGCGCGGCUGGCGCAGUACCGCCGCGACGCGGAAGGGGUGCUGGCGCCACGGGAGAGUGUGGGCGAGUUGAGGGAGCGCAGGCGCAGGGAGGGCGAGUGGGAGGAUUGGGUCGAGGGGGUUAAGGAAAAGGUUAGGCGGGUGAGGAUGGAGGGGUUGGGGGGUGUGGAUAAGGGAGGGGAGGGGGGGAGGUGGGUUGAGAUGUGGGGUGGGGUGAAGGGGUUGGAGGGGUUGGAGGUGGAGGAGAGGGAGGUUUUGGGGCGGUUGUAG